AUGACAAACCGCAUAGACACGACACUGGCGGCGCUGAGGGCGGAGGGCAAGGCUGCUCUUGUGCCAUUCGUGACCGUGGGAUAUCCGGACAUGCCAACAUCGGAGGCGAUGGCAGUGGCAAUCCUAGAGUCGGGAGCGGACAUGCUCGAACUGGGGAUACCGUUCAGCGACCCGCUAGCCGAUGGGCCUACUAUUCAGAUGACGAGCUUUCGCGCAUUGGAGAACGGCGCCACCCUUCAAGGAGCACUUGAGAGCCUGCGGGCACUGCGGGCAAACGGAAUUACUUCCCCGCUGAUAUUCAUGGGCUACCUUAAUCCGUUUCUCAGCUACGGGAUGGAGGAGUUCGCUAAGGAAGCAUCAGAUGCGGGCAUGGACGGGAUCAUCAUCCCGGAUUUGCCACCGGAGGAGGCACCACCCUAUCAGACGAUACUGCAUCUCACGGCAUUCACCUCAUUCCACUGCUUGCACCUACGAGCACGGAGGCGCGCAUCGAGCAGGCUUGCAAACAGGCAAAGGGGUUCAUAUACUGCGUAA